AUGUUAUUUCCAGCGACGCUCCUUCUUUCCUCUCUCCUCCGGGCGGGCUCUGUCACCGGAAGCCCGGUCCACCCCCGUGCAGACCCUGCGCCAGUUAAGCAGACUGACUGCAAUGGAAAAAGUUAUGUGUAUGAAGAGUUAGCUGGGUUUGGUAUCUUCCCAUCUAAUGCACGGGACAAAUUCGGCGACACGAUUGGUGGCUUUGGAUCAUCCAUUGCGCUUGACAAAAAGUCCUGGAAGAAGAAAGAUGGCAAGGAAGAGGCGUACGAGGGCGUUCUGUACGGCCUUCCAGACCGAGGCUGGAAUACUCAAGGCACACAGAACACGAAGGGCAGAAUCCAAAAAUUCAGCAUUACUCUCACUAUCGUGAAUGCUACUGUCGCAGAUCCUGCGUCGCCGAACUUCGGGAUCAAGUAUCUCGACACAAUCAUACUCUCUGGACCAGAUGGAACUCCUGUUACGGGUCUCGAUGCUGAUGCUACUGGGAGCAUCUCAUUUCCGGGGUUCCCUGAACUUCCAGUCGCCACGUAUACUGGUGAUGGUUUUGGAGGGGCUGGGCCGGGCGGGAAGCGCAUUCCUGUUGAUGGAGAGGGAAUCGUUCUUGGCGACGACGGUACUUUUUGGAUUAGUGACGAAUAUGGGCCGUAUGUUUACCAGUUCGAUCACAGUGGCAAGAUGAUCGAUGCCAUCCGGCCACCUGAUGUCUUCAUUCCGAUGAGGAAUGGCAAGGAGAGCUUCAGCGCUGCUUCUCCUCCAAUCUUCGAUUUGCAAAGGGUUGUCAGCCCUUCGAAUCCCGUCACUGGGCGACAGAAUAACCAAGGGUUCGAAGGCCUCACAGCAAGUCCGGACGGAAAAUCGUUAUAUGUCUUACUCCAAAGUGCUCUGAGGCAAGAGGGUGGGGCAGCGACAACAACACGUCGUCACACACGUUUCCUCAAGUACGACAUCUCAGGCAAAAAAGCAAAGUAUGUGGCGGAAUAUGUGGUCCCACUCCCAUUCAUCUCCAAUGGCAGGGUAGCAGCGCAAUCGGAGGUCCAUUUUAUUUCCCAUGAACAAUUCCUCAUUCUUGCGCGAGACUCUGGUGCCGGCCAUGGGCAGUCCAGCUCGACCUCGCUAUAUCGCAACGCCGAUAUAUUUGAUAUCUCCAAGGCUACCGAUAUCAAGAGUGCGUCGAAUGACAAGACUGAUGGUGCCAUUGCCAGCUCCACCGGAGUUUUAAAUUCAGGCAUUACGCCUGCAACUUAUUGUACCUGGAUUGAGUUCAAUAACAACUCACAACUCAACAAGUUUAAGGCCCACAAUGGAGGUGCCCAGGAUGCGUUCCUUUUGAACGAGAAAUGGGAGGGUUUGGCAUUGGCUCCUGUUGCUGGUGAGUUUGAGAAAGAUGGAAACAAAGAUGGGAAGGAGUAUUACCUGAUUGCCUUCUCUGAUAACGACUUCAUAACUCAAAACGGCUUCAUCAAUGGUGGACAGAAACCUUAUUCUGAUGCAUCUGGCUUCAACUUGGACACCCAAGCUCUGGUCUUCAAGGUCAGAUUGCCAAAAGGCGCUGAUCCCUUGUGA